AUGUCCGCUGCCGCUGCACCGCCCGCACACUCCUCCAAUGCUCUGAACCCUGUCUCCAAUUCCGGCAGGCAACUGAAGAUGAGCACAGCUGGCAAAGCCGCUAUCGACGCACAGCGAAAGCCAGGAAGCCCCAGCGAAGGUAGCCACAGGAAGCAGCCGGCCAAAACGGCAUGGACCCAGGGCACCAAUCCCUUCACCCAACGACCGACCAACCCUGCCACCUCCAACGGCGUCGCAAGCUCGCCUAAGCCCUCCUCGACGGCUCCGUCGGGCGAAACCGCCUCCCCAAUGCGCCAUCUCAGCGACCGUAUGAUGUACCUGCUGGCCAACCUCACUGGUCUGCCGGGCAUCAUCACACUGAAGAAUGGCGAAAAGUACUCUGGCGUGCUUUCGGGCACCUCAUUAGACCCUAGCGAGCUGCGCUAUGUCUUCAAGAUGGUCAAGAAGCUCAUGCCCGCCGUCAAUGCCCAAACCAACGGCGCGGGCGACGCCUCUGACGACUACGUCGGCGCUGGCGACUACCACGUCAUGUCCUUUGACAUGAGUGACGUUGCUGAUUUCAACGUCAACAACGUGGUGCUGGACAAGUCGCACGUCAAGGGCCAGAAUGGCACCUCGGGCUUCCGUACCGAUACCGACAUCUCAGGCAAGAUGGCCAUCCGCGAGCGCGAUCUGCAGAAAUGGGAGCCGACUGAGGUCGACCCGAGCCUGACGCUCGAGCCCACGGGCCGCACGACUGAAUGGGACCAGUUUUCCACCAACGAGCGCCUGUUUGGCGUCAAGAGCAACUACGACGAGACCUUCUACACCACCACCAUCAACAAGAACGACCCGCAGUAUGCCGAGAGGGCCGCCCGUGCUGAGAAGAUUGCCCGGGAAAUUGAAGGCAGCAGUGCAACCAAUGCCCACGUCCGCGAAGAGCGAGGCGGCUUCUCUGCUGCCGACGAUAAUGGAGACGAGGAGGACAAGUACAGUGGAGUGCGUCGAGACUUUCCGGCUCUGGCAAGCGGCCAGCCCAACCGGUACACUCCGCCUGCACGACGAGCUCCUUCGGCUCAACCAACCGUGCCCGGGGCUCCCGUGGAUCCCGCCAUCAUUUCUUCGUCUGUCGCACGGCCCGGCUCGCAGGCGGCGCAGCGUGCUGCAAGUCCAGCCACGCCAGCGGCCCCUGCAGUGGAGGCGGCCAAGACCCAAGAAGCCCCCAAGGAAGCUCCCAAGGAAACGCCCAAAGAAGUCAAAGAAACUCCAAAAGAGGCUCCUAAAGAGACGCCCAAACCCGUAUCCAAAUCAGCCGAGGCGCACAAGGCUGUUACAGAACAACUACAAAAGUCCAGCAACAACAUCAAGUCUGGCGUGGCUGCUAUUCCUCCUCGAAAGGCAGGACGGCCGCACGAUGCCACUACAAAUGUGGAGCAUGAUCUCCUUGAUUCUUUCAAGCAGUUUUCGGCUGCCGAGAAACUGCGCAUCUCCGACCGCCAGAGGGCGUUUGCUCGCGAGAACAAGGCAGUCAAGUUGAAUGACCUGAAGAAGUUUGCGCUCAACUUCAAGUUGAGCACGCCAGUCCCGUCGGAUCUGGUUCCUAUACUCGCCAAGGACGAGACGAAGCAGCAAGCUAUUGUCGACAAGGCUAAUCGUCAAGCGCUCGAGCUGAAGGCUUCACCGCCCCCGAAGCCGUCGAGCAGCAAUCCAGACCCCAAAACUGCCGCACGGUCUUCUGCUAAACCCGAGUCUGCCCAGGCUUCUCCCAGUACGAACGUGGAUCGCCAACCGAGCCAGCGUCCACGACAGGGACAGCCGCCCUAUGCAUCUGCUAGCAUGCGGGCUUCCCACCAGAACAUGAACAUUCCUCCACGAAACCCGGGCAUGCUUAGCACGCGUCUCCAGAUGAACCACCAGCAGCACAAACAGCAAGGCGCUUUGCCAUACAACGGUGUACCUCAGCCCAUACCAGCCCAAGAUAACCGGAUGCCCCCUACCGGUCCCUCGCAACCCUCUAGCGGCACUCAAACGCCCUCUAGCGUGUCCAGAUUCAACGUUCGUGCACAUGAGUUUAAGCCAAACCCAGCAGCGAACACGUUCCAGCCCGGAGGAAACCCAAGCGCCAGCUCCAGUCCUCGGCCAAAUUCAUCCCGCCAAGAAGUUCGCAAGCCGCCCGUCACCAGCUUCUUUACUGGCCAACGGCCGAAUGUCAAAUCGCUAGAUGGUCCAACCACGUUCAAUGCCGUUGGACGUUUGGAGAAGGAGGCGCAAGAGAACGAAAAGUCUCACUAUUCCGACAUCUCGCCUCCUUACAAGACGUUCCCCACAUGGGACUUUCCUUCGUCUAAUUCCAACAAGGGAUAUGAGCAGCUAUUCGAACAUGCUCCUCCAGCGGCGCCAUUGGCAGGACCGCAACAUGUCAUGGGCGGCGGACCCAUGCCGCACCAAAUACCUCCCCAUCUCCAAGGCGCCCAAGGCAUGUCGCAAGGACCGACGCCUCAACACACACCCCGCGGCCCCCCAGUGCAGCCGCAUCUCGGCCAGAACCCACACCAAUUCGAAGCCCCGCACAUGUCAUACUCGCAUUCACAGUCGUCAGUUCAACCUUCGCCGCGACCCAUGGCACCUUUUAUGUAUGGAGCUCAGCCGCAGCAAAUGCCGGGCUACCCCCAGCCUGUGCAAGUUCCUCAAUACGGAAUGAGCCCCAAUGUUCAGCACGUGCCUAUGCGAAACGCGCAAGGCGGCCAGUUUAUCAACCCUCCUGGUCCGGCGAUGGGAGGCCAAAUGAUGACGAACCAGCCUUCAAACGGGCCCUUUAUGGGAAUGCCAGGUAACCCGCAAAUGCAAAUGUACUCUCCAGCCCCAGGCCCUGCAUACCCACAAUACCCUGGACACAUGCCUGGGCCUGGCGCCAACGGAUUCCCAAGCCCGAGACCGGGUGCUCCGAUGAUGAGCCACCAAGGAUCGCAACAAGGCCACCACCAGCAACCUCACAUGAUGUACAUGCAACCCGGGGCGCCAGCGCCUCAAAUGUACCAGAUGCAGCCAGGGACUAUGGCUCCAAUGCGAGGCCCUUACCAACAACCAUACCAGGGUGGCCAUUACGGCUCACCUCAACAGCACCCUCAAUUCCCCCAGCAACACCGCGGCACCCCAAGCGCAAGCUACUCUCAACCGAUGAUGCAACAACACUCGACGGGCCCCCAGGUCCCACCGGCCGGUCCUGCCAACCAUGGCCCAGAAGCCAUGAGCGAAAGCAAAUGAAAGCCCCGAUGAUGAUGUUUCACAUCUCAACUCUAGUGACAUGUCGCUGGGGUUGCUUCUUGAGCCCCUUUAUAUGCUCCCUUCACUUGAUUUAGUUAAUUUUGCUAUGCGCUUAGCGUGGAUGGGGUCGGUAUUCUCUCUAAUGAGUGGCUUGACGCAUAGCGACCGGCGUUGGCAGGGUACGGGAGUUGCAUAAAAAGCUUACGGUGUGGGACAUGGCCUUGGGGGCUAUGAACACGCAGCAUGCAUAGGACAAGAGACAUGAGCGGGGGGGGGAUAAGAAGGCUACGACAGUUCGUUGUUUUGAACGCGACCGCAACAUGCUAUGAGAGUUGAGAGAUGCUUCGGCUUUUUUCGACCAUCAGGGGAUAUGGGGAGGUUGGGGAAGUGGACCUUUAAGCUAGCAAAGCAUGCGCCUUUCAGUGCAUGCUUCUACAUUCGUGUAUCAAUGCAA